UGCUGGUGCAGCAGCGGCUGAGGCAGCGGAUGGUGCUGCGUCCGGAGCCUCUGCCUCCGAGCCUACGCCUGGUCUCCGGGUGGGCAGGCGGGACGUGGCCAGGCCAGGACUGUGGAGGUGUGCAGUGCCUGCUGAGGCUUAGGGGGGAUUCAGGCUGAGGCCUGUCAGAGCCAGUCAGGGAGGUGCCCGUACUCCCGAUAGGAUAAGAUGGCGGCGAUGGCGCCUGGAGGUAGUGGCAGUGGUGGCGGCGGGGUGAAUCCGUUCCUCAGCGAUUCAGACGAGGACGACGACGAGGUAGCGGCGACCGAGGAGCGACGGGCAGGACUUCGGCUGGGUUCCGGGGGCGGCCUAGAUCCUGGCUCUGCUGACUCGCUGUCGCCCCAGGACCCCGUGGCCUUAGGCGGCAGUGCGCGGCCAGGGCUCCCUGGAGAGGCGGCGGCGGCUGCGGUGGCGCUGGGGGGCAGCGGGGAGACCCCGGGCCGGUUGUCAAUAGAUGCGAUCGCGGCUCAGCUGUUGCGCGACCAGUACUUGCUGACCGCCCUGGAGCUGCACACCGAGCUGUUAGAGAGCGGCCGCGAGCUGCCUCGGCUGCGCGACUACUUCUCCAAUCCUGGCAACUUCGAGAGGCAGAGUGGGACCCCGCCGGGGAUGGGGGCGCCGGGGUUCCCUGGAGCAGCCGGCGUGGGAGGCGCAGGAGGUCGGGAGCCGAGUACGACGUCGGGCGGGGGACAGCUCAAUCGAGCUGGGAGCAUCAGUACCCUUGAUUCUUUAGAUUUUGCAAGAUAUUCAGAUGAUGGUAACAGGGAAACGGAUGAGAGAGUGGCAGUCCUGGAGUUUGAACUACGGAAAGCCAAGGAGACCAUUCAGGCCCUCCGAGCCAACCUGACAAAGGCUGCAGAACACGAAGUUCCUUUACAGGAACGAAAAAAUUACAAAUCAAGUCCUGAAAUUCAGGAGCCAAUCAAACCUCUUGAAAAGAGAGCUCUAAACUUCUUAGUCAACGAAUUUUUAUUGAAGAAUAACUACAAGCUUACAUCAAUAACCUUUUCUGAUGAAAAUGAUGAUCAGGAUUUUGAACUGUGGGAUGAUGUAGGAUUAAACAUUCCAAAACCUCCAGACUUACUGCAACUCUACCGAGAUUUUGGAAAUCAUCAAGUGACUGGGAAAGAUCUUGUGGAUGUAGCCAGUGGAGUAGAAGAAGAUGAAUUAGAGGCUCUUACACCAAUUUUAGGCAACCUUCCUCCAACCCUUGAAACUCCUCAGACUGUACAGAACUCCUUGCUAGUACAGAAAUUAGAAGAUAAAAUUAGUUUAUUAAAUAGUGAGAAAUGGUCCUUGAUGGAGCAAAUCGGAAGACUUGAAAGUGAAAUGAACUUCCUCAAAAAUGAACACUUUGCCAUCCCAGCAGUUUGUGACUCUGUUCAACCUUCUUUGGAUCAGUUUCCCCACAAAGACUCUGAAGACAGUGGACAGAAUCCAGUUAUAAGUAGUUCAGACAAGGGAAAAAACAAGAAUAUCCAUCUUUCAAAAUCAGAUGAAGUUGAUUCCACUAUUCCUAAAGAGAAUUUCCCAAAUUCUUUCCCCAGGAGAGAAAGAGAAGAAAUGCCAUCUUCUUCUCCAUCAAGUAAAAACACAGUCCAUUUUGAUAAACCCAACAGGAAAUUGUCUCCUGCUUUCCACCAAGCACUACUCUCUUUUUGUCGAAUGUCAGCAGAUAGUCGUUUAGGAUCAGAGGUGUCUCGGAUUGCAGACAGUGAGAAAAGUGUUAUGUUAAUGCUCGGACGCUGCCUGCCACACAUUGUUCCUAAUGUGCUAUUAGCAAAGAGAGAGGAGUUGAUCCCCCUCAUAUUGUGUACAGCAUGCCUACAUCCUGAGCCUAAAGAGAGAGAUCAGCUUCUUCACAUACUUUUCAAUUUGAUCAAGAGGCCAGAUGAUGAGCAAAGGCAAAUGAUACUGACGGGUUGUGUGGCAUUUGCACGUCAUGUUGGACCAACACGUGUAGAAGCUGAACUUUUACCGCAGUGUUGGGAACAGAUUAAUCACAAAUACCCAGAAAGACGACUACUUGUGGCAGAAUCCUGUGGAGCGUUGGCACCUUACCUUCCUAAAGAAAUUCGUAGCUCCUUGGUUCUUUCAAUGUUGCAACAGAUGUUAAUGGAAGAUAAGGCAGAUUUAGUAAGAGAAGCUGUGAUCAAAAGCCUCGGUAUCAUUAUGGGAUACAUUGAUGAUCCAGACAAAUAUCAACAGGGUUUUGAAUUGUUGCUGUCAGCCUUGGGUGAUCCCUCAGAAAGAGUAGUUAGUGCAACACAUCAAGUAUUUUUACCAGCUUAUGCUGCCUGGACCACAGAACUUGGAAAUUUACAGUCUCAUCUUAUACCUACAUUGCUGAACAAGAUUGAAAAACUUCUCAGGGAAGGAGAGCACGGGCUGGAUGAACAUAAGCUCCACAUGUACCUUUCUGCCUCACAGUCCUUGAUCCCAUCUCUCUUUGCGUUAGUGCUACAGAAUGCUCCUUUCUCCAGCAAAGCCAAGCUUCAUGGUGAAGUGCCACAGAUAGAAGUGACUAGGUUCCCUCGACCUAUGUCGCCUCUUCAAGAUGUGUCUACUAUUAUUGGAAGUCGUGAGCAAUUGGCAGUGCUACUACAACUUUAUGAUUACCAGCUGGAACACGAGGGUACAACAGGCUGGGAGAGUUUGCUAUGGGUUGUCAAUCAAUUGUUGCCACAACUUAUAGAAAUAGUUGGCAAAAUUAAUGUUACUUCAACUGCCUGUGUCCAUGAAUUCUCCAGAUUUUUCUGGCGCCUUUGCCGGACAUUUGGCAAAAUUUUUACAAACACUAAGGUAAAACCUCAGUUCCAGGAGAUUUUAAGACUGUCUGAAGAAAACAUUGAUUCCUCAGCAGGAAAUGGUGUCCUCACUAAAGCUACCGUCCCCAUUUAUGCAACAGGAGUCCUUACGUGUUAUAUUCAGGAAGAAGACCGAAAACUGUUAGUUGGAUUCUUAGAAGAUGUAAUGACCCUGCUUUCAUUAUCUCAUGCUCCUCUUGAUAGCCUGAAGGCUUCUUUUGUGGAACUGGGUGCAAAUCCGGCCUACCAUGAGUUAUUGUUAACUGUUUUAUGGUAUGGUGUUGUCCACACUUCAGCACUUGUGAGGUGUACUGCUGCUAGAAUGUUUGAGCUGUUGGUGAAGGGGGUGAAUGAAACUCUGGUAGCUCAGAGGGUUGUUCCUGCUCUCAUUACUCUCUCCAGUGACCCUGAAAUCUCUGUCAGAAUUGCUACAAUUCCAGCCUUUGGCACCAUUAUGGAAACAGUUAUUCAAAGAGAGUUGCUGGAAAGAGUGAAAAUGCAAUUGGCUUCUUUUCUGGAAGACCCUCAAUAUCAAGACCAGUAUUCUUUGCAUACAGAGAUCAUAAAAACAUUUGGUAGAGUUGGGCCUAAUGCAGAACCAAGGUUCCGAGAUGAGUUUGUUAUACCACAUUUGCAUAAGUUAGCCUUGGUGAACAACUUACAAAUUGUGGAUUCUAAAAGACUGGAUAUUGCUACUCAUCUUUUUGAAGCUUACAGUGCACUUUCCUGUUGUUUCAUUUCAGAGGAUUUAAUGGUUAAUCACUUUUUACCCGGUCUCAGAUGUUUACGGAUUGACAUGGAACAUCUUUCUCCAGAACAUGAGGUUAUUUUAACUUCCAUGAUAAAAGAAUGUGAACAAAAAGUAGAGAACAAGACUGUCCAAGAGCCUCAAGGCUCAAUGUCAAUUGCUGCAAGCUUAGUGAGUGAAGAUACAAAGACCAAGUUUUUGAACAAAAUGGGCCAGUUGACAACAUCAGGUGCCAUGUUGGCCAAUGUGUUUCAGAGAAAGAAGUAAAAGCAGGAAGGAAGCCCCCAGUAAACACUAAGAUGGACCUCAAGCAGACUGGUUCCUUGUACUUGAAGUACUUGCCUUUUUUAUUUCCUUGUUUUAUGUUCUUGCAGUAUAAUUUUAUCCUAACCUCCAAAGAUAUUUGCACUGCUUUUGAUUAUUGCUGUAGAUCUGUUAAUUUUGGAGUUAUAACUGUGGUGAUAGAAAAUUGAGUUAAUAGUCUGUACAAGUCCCUCUUCUAUGUUCUUGUCUUUCAGAAUAAUUUUUUUUAUAUAUAUAUAGUGAAGAAGUUUUUUUUUAAUUUUUGGAUGGGAUAUUAGCAAAUAUCUGUAUGAUACACUAAGCUAUUACAAUGGUACUUAAAAUAAUGUAAAUUUGAAGUCAUUGUUAUAAAGUAAUAAAAGUGGAGAUUACUUAAGUA